UUCUCUUAGGGGUAGAUUCCCAGGAGCUAAAGAAAAGAAAAGAAAAUGUCUUCAGCUGUUGUAGGAACUUUCUCGGCAUCCAAACAAAUCGGGUUCAAAGAAAAAGAUGAGAAGAACAAGAAGUUAGUUGAUGAUGAUGUCGAAGCUAACAACAAUGGUGAUGAUGAACACAAUGAUGAUGAUGAUGAUGAUAGCAAGGUGAAAUCCGACAAGGAAUUGGAUCUUGGCCCUCAGUUUUCUCUCAAAGAACAGCUUGAAAAGGACAAGGAUGACGAGAGUUUGAGAAGAUGGAAAGAACAACUUCUCGGUAGUGUCGAUAUGUCCUCGGUCGUCGGAGAGAGUAAAGAGCCCGAGGUUACGAUAUUAAGCCUAUCGAUCCUAUGUCCGGGGCGACCGGACAUAUUGUUAUCGAUUCCGUUCGCUUCGAAGCCUAAGAGCUCUCUGUUUAUGCUAAAAGAAGGAAGCAAAUAUCGCCUCAAAUUCACCUUCAACGUCUCCAACAACAUCGUCUCCGGUCUCAAAUACACCAACACUGUCUGGAAAACCGGCGUUCGAGUGGACAACACAAAGCUAAUGUUGGGGACGUUUAGCCCACAAAAGGAGCCUUACACAUAUGAAUUGGAAGAAGAAACCACUCCUUCUGGCAUGUUCGCUAGAGGCUCCUACUCUGCAAGAACCAAGUUUGUUGAUGAUGAUGGCAAAGUGUAUUUGGACGUGAGUUAUCACUUUGAAAUCCAGAAGAACUGGCCUUCACGUUCUUGAAAACACUUUAUCUAUAUGAAAAUAA